CCGAAGAACGUCUCGCGCGCGCACCUCUCUAGACAGGCGGAGGGCAACGGAAAAUAACAGACACUAUUUAAAAUAAUAAUAAUAAUAAUAAUAAAAACCCAAACCAAAACAGUAAAAUAAAUGCGAGUCUGUGGUAGACAGAAGGAUCCUGAGAGCAGAGGUCGACCCGAGCUUUCUUAUCUGGAUUAUUAUUAUUAUUAUUUGAUGUAUAUAUUUAUAAUGAGAUAAUUAAAGAUGAAGGCGGACAUGGUGAUGCUGAAGAUGGUGUUGUCGUUAGGGUGAGAGGAGCACAAAAGAAAAAAAAUCCUCUCACUGACGGAGAAGAAAGGGAAGAAGGAAAAGACAAACAACAAACCGUAAAGAAGAAAGAAAGGAAGGAAGGAAGAAAGAAAGAAAGGUAGCACAGCUGCUGCUCGGAUGCUGCCGCCAUCGCCGCUAUGCUAACGCGGAGCUGGGUGAUGCUGCUCGCGGGGCUCAUGUCAAGCUUCUUCCCGGACAGAGCUCACGGAGCCCCGCAGCCAGAAGUGUCUUUCUCGCGGGACGUGUCUCUCUCUCCUCCAGCCUACGUGGUCAUCCUGGUCUCCUGCUCGGGCCUCGUCUCCUUCAUCCUGCUGCUCCUCACCUGUCUGUGCUGCAAGAGAGGAAGCGUCGGCUUCAACGUGAGUCUCACGUACACCUCUUCAUUUUCACACGUCUUCAACAUGCAGCUUUAUCAUCACUUUAGCUUCUCUCUUUCUCGCUCUAUAUCUCUCUCUGUCUGUCUCAUUCCGUCUCUCUCGCUCUCUCUGUCUCAUUCUGUAUCUCUCUCUCUCUCUCUGUCUCAUUCUGUAUCUCUCUCUCUCUCUGUCUGUCAUUCUGUAUCUCUCUCUCUGUCUCUCAUUCUGUAUCUCUCUCUCUCUCUGUCUCUCAUUCUGUAUCUCUCUCUCUCUGUCUCAUUCUGUAUCUCUCUCUCUCUGUCUGUCAUUCUGUAUCUCUCUCUCUGUCUCUCAUUCUGUAUCUCUCUCUCUCUCUAUCUCUCAUUCUGUAUCUCUCUCUCUGUCUCAUUCUGUAUCUCUCUCUCUAUCUGCCUCACUUUAUUGCUUUCUAUAUUUCUCUGUCUGUCUCUCUCUCUCACUCGCUGCCCGUCUCCAUCUCUCUCUCCGCUGUCUCUUACUCUCUCUCAUUCUGUCUCUCAUCAUCGCUGUCUGUCAUUCGCUGUCUCUCUCUUUCUCUUUCUCACUCUCUCAUUCUGCCUCAUUCUGUUUCUGUCUCUCUCUGUCUCACGUUAUUGCUGUCUGUCUUUCUCUGUCUGUCUCUCUCUCUGUCUUAUCCUCUGUCUCUCUCUGUCUCACUUUAUCACUGUCUGUCUCUCUCUGUCUCUCUCUGUCUUAUUCUCUGUCUCUCUCUUAUGUUAUUGCUGUCUGUCUUUCUCUGUUUCUGUCUGUGUCUCUCUGUCUUAUUCUCUGUCUCUCUCUUAUGUUAUUGCUGUCUGUCUUUCUCUGUUUCUGUCUGUCUCUCUCUCUGUCUUAUUCUCUGUCUUUCUCUGUCUCACUCUUUGUCUGUUUCUGUCUCUGUCUCACUCGCUGUCUAUUUCUGUCUAUGCCUGUCUCACUCUCUGUCUCACUCUCUGUCUCUCUUUGUCUUUCUCUGCCGGUUUCUGUCCCUAUAUGUAUCGCUCUCCGCUUCUUGCUGUCUCAUUCUCUGUCUCUCGAUGUGUUAUUGUCAUUCCAUCUCUCUCACUCUCUCUCUCUCACUCUCUCUCUCACGCGCUCACUCUCUCUUUUAUACUCUCUCAGGAGCUUGAUAAUACAGAUGGUGAAGAAUGUUCCAGUCCCGUUCCUGAGGACAGCGUGUCCUCGUGUGUGUCUCUGCCCGAGGUUUACACACUUCCUCUGCGAGACAGAGCAUGCUCAGCGCUGCCUAAUGGCACAGGGUCGAGUACCCAGUGUUUUCGCAGACACACUCUCAACUACCUGCAGGAGAUCGGAAACGGCUGGUUUGGAAAGGUGAUCUUGGCUGAGGUGCUGUGUGACUGCAGCCCCUCUCAGGUAGUGGUUAAAGAGCUGAAGGUCAGCGCCAGUCCUCUAGAGCAGCGCAAAUUCCUGGCCGAGGCCGAGCCGUACAGGAGUCUCCACCACCCCAACAUCCUGCAGUGUUUGGGUCAGUGCAGUGAGAGUAUUCCUUAUCUGCUGGUUAUGGAGUUCUGCCAGCUGGGCGAUCUCAAACGGUAUUUGAGAGCUCAGAGGAAGUCGGACGGCAUGACCCCUGACCUUUUGAACCGUGACCUUUUGACCUUGCAGCGAAUGGCGUACGAGAUAACGUCGGGUCUUUUACACCUUCAUGAGAACAACUACAUACACAGCGAUCUUGCACUGAGGAACUGCCUGCUUACUUCAGACCUGACAGUCCGGAUCGGAGAUUACGGCCUCUCGCACAACCACUACAAGGAGGACUAUUAUUUAACGCCAGAUAAGCUGUGGAUUCCUCUGCGCUGGAUUGCUCCAGAGCUGCUGGAGGAGUUUAGAGGAGAAUUAAUGGUUACAGACCAGACGAAGACCAGCAACGUGUGGUCCUUAGGCGUGGUGAUUUGGGAGCUGUUUGAAUUCGGCGCACAGCCUCAUCGCCAUUUAAGCGAUGAAGAAGUUCUCACGUUUGUCAUUAAGGAGAGACAGAUCACGCUGGCUCAGCCCCGCCUCAAACUCUCCCAUGCCGACUACUGGUACGAGGUCAUGCAGUCGUGCUGGCUUCCACCUCCCCAGCGUCCGACAGUCAACGAAAUCUUCAUCCUCCUUUCCUCUCUCCUGGCCGUGGAACAAGGAACGAGCAGGAGGAGUGUGGCCGAGGACGAGGAGGAAGACGAGUACGAGGAAGCGCACGGCCGACGGCGGAGAGGAGAAAGCGAGGAGUCGUUCGAGAGGCGAUGGGACUCUCUUCGCCCCAGUGCUUUCCAGUCAGCUGCAGGUGAACGACAGAAAGACAGAGGAUACAGCAGAGAGGACGGUAACUCCUUCCCUCUUCUGGAUCCCGUGAAUUCGAUUCCUCCUUCGUCACAUGAGCUCGACGACAUCCUGACAGUCACCGAGACUAGCAAAGGAUUGAACUUUGAAUAUUUCUGGGAGAAAGCACACGGUAGAAGGGGUUAUAAACCACUUCCUCCUCCUCAGCCGAUACCCACGCCCGUCUCUGGUCAUCGUCAGUCUUUGGACACGCCUACAGUCGUGCCUGUGAUUAGCGCGCGUAGCCCUUCGUUAGCCAGUGAGUACUACAUUCGCUUGGAGGAACACACUCCACAGGACAAAUCCACCGAUCUUAAAGGGAAGCCAUCCUCGUUGCGAACUCGUUCUUCGACUAGUCCUGGCGAUUUGGAGUUAGUGGAGAUUCCUAGUGGGAUGCUCUGUAAGGGAAAGCCUACUUACCAAAACAACGUCGGACAAGGUGCCUCUCAGACACUCCAGACUGUGAGGUCCAGUGAAGUCCAAGUCCUGGUGCCAAACACGGGUCUGGUCGAGUUCAGUAAAGAAAGUUGUAGCAGAGUGACCGAUUAUGCAGUAGUGGACAUCGGAGACCUUAAAAGAGACCCGAACCUGAGACGCUCCGGAUCUGUAACAUCCCAAGUACCAAUCCUUCCACCGAAACCUCGCUCGAUGUCCAUGUCUUCAGGCAGCAAUCUGCUCUCUCGGCCCCUUCCCGUACCUCCGCCUGUAUACGCCCGCUCGUAUGGCCUAGGUCACUACCCUGCCCCGUCUUAUCCCAUCAGCAAAUCAGAGACUUCAGAUUCCUUGUUUACGAGCAGCUGUUCCACCUCAAAACCCAACUUUGAUCAUCUGGGUUUCAAUCGGACACACCAGAGGCUGCCUCCGUCUCCGUCGCAUUCGCCAUCCAUCCCUCCGUCCUCAGCCGGACACUCCAUAUUUCCUCCACCUCAGGGUUGCCCUCCACCCCUCCCUCCUCACUACAGACCCCAAAAGGAUACCUUCCACGGUUAUGCAGGCGAAACAUUCCCCAGACCUAACAAUCCUGCGGUGCACUUAGAAAGAGACCCGUUAAGCUGUGACUAUUCUGAGAAGCGGACUGCUGACAGAAGCAUGACGUGUUCACAGUCAUUGCACGACUCGACCUACGUGAUGGACGAGUCCCCGGGAGGCAGAGAAUCACCCUAUUCCAAAAUGUUUCACUCAGAGUCGAUUCCAGGACUUGAGAGAAAGUCCUCCUCCAGCACGACGUACUCAGAAGAUGACUACAACUCCCCAUUUGUUUCUCCGAGUAGACUCAGCAGCGGUACUAUCAUUGAGCACAUCAGCUUGGUCGACGACCCAGAUCCUGCUACAGUGGAACUGUUCUCCAGAGGAAUGAAACGAACCCAAUCGCGUCUUGAUACAAUUCUUCCAGCUCUCUGGAAGGAGGAGGACGCAGAGAUGCAUCGCGAGCGAGUUGCAGCUGCUAAGAAGUCGCCCAUACACCUGUUCCUGACGGAAAUCUCCAACGAACCGUUGGACUCCAACGUGGGGGAAGCCUCAUGGGGCAGGGAUAAUGACAAGCACAGUGGAUUUAAAGGGAUGCGGCGCUCCCAGUCUCUCCUCACCAAACUCGACUCAGCCACAAACGCAUGGGCUUCUGAUAAAACCACAGAAGAUGACGGUAUUAAAAAGAGAGACUUGUUCCUCACUGAGAUUGACACCGCAAUGUCGGAUUGCGAAGACAUCUAUGAUGGCGACGGGGGCGUCCCAGUAUCCCGCUUUGGGACCACGCCCUUUCCCUAUGCACGUCCCGAAGACUUGUCCACAUAUGCUGAAGCAGAAGAUGUUUUCACCCAAGAAAUGAAGAGAUCUCAAUCUCUACUGUCUGAGAUAAACACUGGGAACAUGGAGUCAACGACAGAAGACGUGACCAGAGAGGAGUUUCUAAAAGAGAUCCAAUCAGCUGAGACGUUUCUCACUGAGAUAAUAACAAGACAAAGCAUACAGGAAGAAAGUCAUUCACCCGUAGCGAUAUCGCCCGAAUACGAGUCCGUAUGCGUUGACCCAACAUCCUCACCAACGAUAAAAUUUGAAUCCUUAGCUACACCUUUAAGCGACACGAAAGAGGCCAUUUAUGCCCAAGUUACCAAGAGAGCUAAAAGAAGUGAAAUAAAAGUUGCAGUGCGUCCAGAAAUGCCUGUUCUGCAAAUUGCAUCAGAGCUACAAAGCCUCAAAAAAGAGCCAAAUUUAUCCACUUAUGCUCAUCCAGCCAAGGAAGAAUCAGAUUCAAAACCCCAAAGCCCUGCUGACUUUGUUACUUCAGGCAUCCUGCCCAAAACAGGGCUUUUAAUGGACCAGACAUCUCCUGGGGUAACAGAGAGAACAGAUGCCGAGCUGAUCAACAUUGAAAAGGAAGAACCUCUCCGUAACGUUAGCUUAGAACUCCCGAGACGGUCUGGAGUCCAGUGUUCGUCACAGGAUGUCACGAGUAAGGACAUAACAGAAGCUAGCGAAGAUAGGAGUAUCUUGACUGGUAAAACUGAGAGCGUUUGGAAGGUUGUAGAGGGAAUCCAUGUGCAGGAUCCAUUGCUGUUCAGAACAGACUCGAGAGACAGUUCAUUUGAAAGUUCAGAACUUGGCGUAAAAGAGUCUACUUGUGUAGAUAUUCCCGAUCCUGCCAGUUUAUCAGAUACCAUUGCCUCCACAACUGAACAAGACUGUGGCCAAGUUAUACAAAUUUGUAAAAGCCAAGACUCCCCUCAGGUCUCCCAAAAGGAGAUAUUGUUUAACUCCAGUGAGCAAGCUACUUUGACUGACACAGAUUUCAAUAUAAGCACCAGAUAUGAUGCUAAAGAACUAGACCCCCUAAAAGCAGGUAUCAGUACAACAGACUCGAUGUUAUCUCUUGGUGAAGAAAGCACUGAUGUGUUACCACUGUCCUUUGCCAGGGAACCAAACUCUGAACAAUCUCUAUCUACUAUUACACCCACAGACUCAACUAUGUCACCGCUUACCUCUAGCUCUAUGGACUGCCUCACCCCUGGAGACUCGUGGGUUAAUGGCGGAGGCACUGGGUGGAGGAUCUUGGGUACCGAAACCCCCUAUCGAGAUUCUGCCUAUUUUUCAGACAGUGACUGGGAGGGUGGGGAAGGUUUGCCCAGAAGAGGUUCCGACGGAUUGGGUUCUUCUCGUCCAAGCAGUGGUCGAGCAGGUGAUAGAGGUACACUGAUAGGAAUUGAAGAAAAGACUGAGGCGGAGGAUGACAUUCCGGAUGGCAAAUCGGUUAAAAUAUCACUUGACGCCAUAUUGGAUUCAGUGAAAAGCAUUACCGAAACGAGUUCUAAACACAAUCGCGAUUGUACCUUGCUUUCAGGGUUUGAGACUUCUGAGGUCUCAAAAACCGACAACAAUGCUAUCGACAAGUUGUUUUGUGCUAUUCAGGAUCCACCACUAAAAGCGUUCCCAUGCACCAAUGCUUCCGUGUCUACUUUUCAAGUGUCUUCUGUCACCGAUUUAAGUGAGGAAAAUGAGGUUCAGAACAUGAAAUUGGCCUCCAAAACAAUAGUGCAACCUGUAGAAAAGGUCUACAAGCCAAACGUUGUGGAGGAACUUUUUGAAACUCAGGCCUAUUUGAAAGCAAAUGUGUAUGAAUAUGAAUCGAGGUACGCUUCAGAGGGUGAAGAAGUUCAGAAGGAAGCACUGAGGUCAGAAAAGCAUACACUAGAUAUACAAGACAGUGAUGCCAAUGAAUUGGGCUUGAGGAACCUUACUUUUACAGAAGAAACGGAAGAGCAAGAGGCGAGGUCAGAAGCCGAAAGCCAGUUAACUGAAGCUGAGCUUUGCUUCACCACGAAGAAAUCUCCGAACACCGAAUGGGAGCAGGAAGGCUCGAGAGACCUUUCUCAAAAGGAAUGUUUUGAUGACUUUGGGGAGGAUGCCUCAAAUGUGAAAGCAGAUGAAUUAUGGAAUGCUGUUGAAGAGUCUGGGUCCAUAAACAGAUCUCUGAAGGAAGCAGUUAUUUUUCAUCGACUCCAGGAAGAUGAUCAUCCAAUCUGGAAAGUAGAAAAUGACCAGUGGGCGUCGGCUGAAAAUGACCAGUGGGCAUCGGCUGAAAAUAACACGUGGGUAUUCACUGAAAAUGACAGGAGGGCACCUGAUGAAAAUGCCCACUGGGCAUCCGGUAAAAAUGACCAGUGGCCAUCAGCUGACAACGACCAGUGGGCAUCGACAGACAACGACCAGUGGUCGUCAGCUGAAAACGACCAAUUGGCAUCAACUAAGAGAUCUGAAAAAGAACUAGCGUCAGAAUUCUUUCCGUGUUCAGGACAGAACAAGUGCACAGAGGACGAGAUAUUUGGCACGAGCCAUGAAUUCUGGGAAACAGAAAACGAUGAAUUAGCAAAGAGUGAGCCUCAUCCCACCAUUAUGGAGACACAUGAAAGAACUUGGACCGACGGAAAGCAAAAAUGUCAAGAACGUCAACCAACAUUUUCCGGUCGGGCCACGGACGCUCUCGAAACUCAACAGAGGAUGGACGUUCACCAGGAAGAGAACAAGGAGGAGCCUGACGUGGAAAAUGGAGAACCAGAAAACGGCACGAACGUAAAAGUGGAAGUGGAUAAUCUGGAGAACCCAGAGCAAGAGCUUCUCACUCACUGUAAUGGUGUCGGAAGGCGAAGCUCCAGUGAAUGCAAGGUGUACAUCCAAAAUGAGGCAGAAGAUGAAUUUCCAGGAGGUGAAGGAAAACAGAUCUCUAGCAGACCACAGAACAUCCUUGACGUUAAGAACGAGGCUGGAGAAAUAGAACACCGUUUUGCUGAUUCGGGAAGAUUUGAAGGCAUGAAGAUACAGACUGAGUCUCAUACCAAUCACAACAAUAACUGGGUCACGGCAACUUCUGAAACUGAUGAGGCCUUGGCCAUAAAUAAUACUGUUAUUAAACCUCACUUAACUUCAGCACUGCAAGACGCAUACUUCAGCCCGGACGUUGAGAGUAAUCACUGCCAAACAUCAAACAGUGAGACAGGCGAGGAUAUAUUUCAUGAAAAAGACAGAUCAGAUUCUCCGUCUUGUCCCGUUCUCACCAUUAACGCUGAAGCAGAACCUUGCGCAAUCCACAGCAGCAACGUUCAGUGCUGCUCUCCUGCCUUAAUGUCUGUGGAUAUCUCGGACUGCGAUGCUUCCCAGCAUGCAGAAGCGACCGAUUGCCACGGCCCAAAUAAUUUCCCGAACACGGUGCACCAUAUAGAGAUCAAGUCUGGUCCAGCUGAUCAAUCCUGGAUGGACGUCACUGACCACGAAAGUUUACUGGUCUUCUCCGACCAUGCCGAUCCCUUUGACCUAUCCUCAGCCGAAUGCUCGACCAGCACCCGCAGCAAAGGAAUUACCGCAAAUCUGGGACAAAAACCGUCACUGAUCACUGAAAAUCAGACCCGUCUGGUAUCUGACUGCAUAAAUGAGGAUGAAACGAGGACUAGCAAGUCUCCCUCAGUGAUCUCUCAGAGCUCCUUGAACUCCAUCCCGGAGCUGCUCAUCUCGGAGUGGAAGGAUUUGGACGAGGAGGCUCUGGAGGACUUCGAAAAGCUAGAAAAGUUGUGCUGCAUUUCCGGAGAUGAAGAUAUCCUCGGAGACCUCUUGCUAGGAAACCUCGAACUACUCGAAUCCUUGAAGAAGAAUCGUCAGGCUUUCCCGAGCGCCAAGGACGACCGAGAUGACUCCGGGAUUUCAGACAGCAAGACGAGAGUUGAGCCGAGUGAGGAGGUUCACGGAAUCACGGACGAAUCGCAGAGCUCGGAAGAAAACGAGCUUCUACUAGAAAAGAAGGAGGGCGUGAAGAUCUCACCUGCAGUUUCACCAUGUCAGUUAAAUGAUGGCGCCAAGGGUCAGCGAUUGCUGUCGCAAAUGCCGGCUAAAAAUGGGCUCAUGAUGCAGGUUUGUGAAGAAAAACUGCAGUACUCCCUCAGUGAGAAUGUUCAAACCAACGUACUAUGGGGAUCUACCAUUACCGACAGCGUGAUCCUGCGUCCUUGGGCAGAAACCAGCGCCGGCGCUGCUGCCAACGACGGAGCCUCAACGGGAACCGAGAGGUUUGUCGGUAAAGAUGAAGCAGUCCCAUGUAGCCCAGUUUUGGCCAAAAGUAAAGAUGGUGAAGUGGAAGUGGGGACGCUGAAAACCAUGGAGAAGGCUGAAGUCACACCUGAUCCACCUGCCGCUAACCAAGCUAUGAAAGGAUUCUGGGAAGGAGGGGAAAGCAGAAUCGGCCGGAGAAGAGGCUUCUCGACAGGAAGCGAUCCCGAGGAGGACGAGGAGGACGAAGAGCAGGAGGACGAGGCCGCUACGAAGGUCAUCGUCGUCACGGAGACCGACGUUCACAAGCGGGUGGGGCUGCGGAGUUUGCUGAAGUCGCCGAAGGAGCCCGUCGACAAGGAAAACCGUGAGCACGGGAGGAACGUGUCCUUUUUCGACGACGUCACCGUCUAUCUGUUUGAUCAGGAAACGCCAACCAAUGAGCUGAGUUCGGGCUCCACCCCUGCAAGUCCGUCUCCUAUCGGAAAGCCCGCCCACUUCGAUGGACACGCAGGACCAAGUGGGCACAAAGCCAGCAAGAACAAAGAGCACGCAAAGUCGAAAUCAGCACCGAGCUCAUCAGCAAUGUCAGCAUCAUCGCGCUUCACCGUCAGUCCCGCUGACGACCCUCAUUUAGUCUGACACGCUUUGAUGCGCACACACACACACACACAUACGCACGCACACACACACACACACACACACACCCUAAGGAAAUAUGUAGCGCUCUGGAGUGACGCUCAUCACCCGGAGGUUAUUUUUUUAAACUCGGACUCCUGUUUGUUUGUUUGUUUGUUUGUUUUUUCGAGGCUGGAGAAGAAAAAGAAGAAGAAGAAGAAAAAAAAGAAUUCAGGAACUUGUGUCUGAUCUGAAACUGAGUUCACGGCUAUGCAAUAGGAGCCUUGUUACGGUUGUACCAGCUUCACUGCUCUAUUUUCACGGCUUCUUAAAGUACAUUUGUAUUCUGUAUUCAGAAAGGGAAGCACUUUUGUUCGACCAGUACCUGUCUAUCUGUGAGCUUAAAUACAAGUGUUAGGCGUGUACCGACGUCACAGGUUACGACAUUAUCGCCGUAUCGUUGCGCUUCGGGUUUUUCCCACUGUGAAAUCCCACGUAGAUAGAUUCAUAUUUCUUAGUUUUUUUUUUUGUAAUGUAUUUUACCAUGUUAACUAUAUCGGGACAUGAGAUAAAACGGGGAAGACUGUAAACAUCCCGUUUCUCCUGAUAAUUUAUUCAAACGUUUCGUAAGCGUCCGCUAACAUCAAACAUCACGAUAUAUCGUAGACCCGAUGAUCGGCACGCGCCUAACAGUAAAUGUAAAUUUGUUCUCGUUGCAGUCGAGGUGAACCCGAAGCCUCUGUAUCUUAACAGUGCAGUGCUCUUUUAGUCUUUGUACAAACGAAUAGUGACAUUACGGCGGUGUACGAUCUCAUUUUAGGAUUUAUUUCAACUUUAUUCUUAGAUUGCACGCAAGAAGAAGGAAAAAAAAGAAAAUACUGCUACCACCUGUUCACAACUGAGUUAUGUUUUAUACAGUGUUUUAAUUGCGAAAUGUCAUUUAUUUAUUUGUUUGUUUGUUUGUUUGUUUGACUUUUAUCCCACCCACCCCACCAACACAAAAAAUGAUAAUAAUAAUAAUAAUAAUAAUUGCACAUUUCCUUUGUCUUGGAUGUUAUGCAUUAUUUUCAUCAGGUGCUACAUGCGUCAAAAGCCAGAUUAUUCCACCUCCAUAUAAGCUUCGCAAUAUUUUCUAUUAUUUACCUACUUCUUUACUAGAUGUUAGUCUGUAUCGACUUUGUCACAUUAUAGCGUGUCUAUUUGUAAAUGUUAUUUUGAACUGUGUUGGACACGUUCUUUACGUUAUUUAUGUUUAAAAGCAAUUUUAAAAAAACGAGAAAUCGUCCAAAAAACAAACAAAAAAAACCCCAACCCACAUGCGUUAGUUAGCGACACACCGAUUCAUAUUUAAUUUGACAAAUCGGUGUCGGAGGUAGAAAAAAAAAAACAAAAAAAACAAAAAAAACAAAAAAAAAAAACCAACCAGCUCAUUUGUAAAAAUGGAUUUCAGCAACUGUUUCAUUGCGAGGUUUCUUAAGGAUUAUUCUGGGGAGGAAAAAAAAAGGAAACUGUGAAACAUUUAACGAACUGUUUGAUGAAAAAUAAAUUGUAUUGGCUUAUAAAACCCUGGUGUGUUUGGAUUUUUUACUCUUUUUUUUUUCUUUUUUCAUUUAUAAAUAAAUAAAUAAAAGUUUUAUAAAUGUAACACGGAGCGUUAGUCAGAGCAAUACCUGCGAU